AUGAAAGGAGACUCUACCAGCUCAUUGAUCUCUUCGGCAAUUUCUCAAGUGAAUGCUGGUGCUGGUUAUACCUAUACUCAUGCAUUUGAUGGAUUCUCUGCUUCUCUUAGUCCCCAGAAGUUGGAACAAGUCCGAAGCAACCCUAACGUCGACUUUAUAGAGCAGGAUGCCGUCGUAAACAUCUCUGGCACCCAAGAGGGUGCUGGUUGGGGUCUUUCUCGUCCUUCCAACAAGCGGCCCGGCAGCACCAUUUCCACCUACUACGACAGCGCUGGCGCUGGCACUUGUGCCUUUGUCAUUGACACCGGUAUCGAGGCUGAUCACCCCGAGCUUGAGGGCCGCGCCAAGUUCCUCAACAACUUUGCCGAUGAUGGCGAUGAUAGCGACGGCCACGGCUGCGGCACCCACGUCUCGGGCACUAUUGGCUCCCUAACCUACCAGUUGACGGCGUUGCUAAGAAGACCAAUAUCUAUGGUGUCAAGGCGCUGGAUGCCAGCGGUUCUGGAGAAACGUAUAUCUACCCAUAUUGAUUUUGCGGACCUUGGUAGCUCUACAUGGCUGAUGACGGCCAUUAGUUCUGGUGUUAUUGCUGGUAUGGACCAUGUCGCCAAAGAGUCUCAGAACCAGUCCUGCCCUAACGGCACCGUCGUUAAUAUGUCUCUUGGCGGCCCAAAGUCUGAUGCCAUCAAUGAAGCCACCGCUGGUAUUACCAAGGCUGGCCUCUUUCUUGCCGUUGCUGCUGGGAAUAGUAGAGAUGAUGCCGCCAACUACUCGCCUGCAUUUGCUUCAACUGACUGCACUGUCGGCGCCACAACCAAAAAAGAUGCCUUGGCUAGCUAUUCUAAUAUUGUCAGUCUUAUCAAGGUCCUUGCCCGCGGCUCUGAUAUCUUGUCUACCUGGAUCGGAUGCCUGACGAAUACUAUCUCCGGCACUUCUAUGGCAUUUCUUCAGGUUACUGGUAUCGGUGCCUGCUUCCUUGGGCUGGGAGGCAACGUUGCCGGUCUCUGCGAGUUCGUUGUCUCAAAGGACUUGAAUAAUUUGUUAAACGGGAUCCCCAAGGUACUGUUAAUAUCUUGA